CUCCCAUUCAUCCGCAAAUCCCGUUUUCUAUGAGGACACAGAAUCAUGGAGAUCGUCGCCAGGAGACUGAUGGCUACUGCUACCUCUGGCAUGGGAAAGAAGAAAAUAGACCUCUUUUAUGAUGUGCUGUCUCCUUAUACUUGGUUCGCGUUUGAGACCCUCAUGCGGUACAAGAACCACUGGAAUAUAGAAGUGACACUAAAGCCAAUGUUGCUUGCAGGUGUGAACCAAGCAACUGGCAACAAACCACCAGGACUUGUGCCUAAUAAAGCUAUGUACAUGAACAGUGACCUUGCCAGAUGUGCUACCUACUUUAACGUGCCUUUUAAAAUGCCUGAGGACCCAUUUGACAUGAUAUUGGUAAAGGGUUCCCUUAUACCCAACCGGUUCCUCACUGCCAUAGACAUGUUGUAUCCUGAACACCUUGAGGCUGCAACUCGAGCUUUGUGGAUGUCAGGAUGGAGCAGGGGUGAAGACUUCACUCAACCUGCCAUCCUAGCCAAGGCAGGUCAAACUGCAGGCCUUUCAAAUGACCAACUUUUGAAGAUACAAGAGCACAUGACCCAGCAAGCUACCAAAGAUCGUCUACGUGCUUAUACUGACCAAGCUGUUCAGUAUGGGGCUUUUGGGUCUCCAACAAUUAUAUAUCACAAGAAUGGGUCUCCUCAGCUGUUUUUUGGUUCUGAUAGGUUCCCAAUUUUGGCUCAAGAAAUUGGUGAGCAGUGGCGUGGGCCUCAACCUGAUUCUGUAGAUGCUAAAUUGUAGUUAAAUUUCCUAUAUUAAUCUGAAUGGGUAAAUUUGUUGUAUUAUCCUUAAUUCCCAUAUAUCAGGAACAUUUUAGAAUUUGGCAUCUUUGUAAACUGGAAUUGUAUAUAGAUAUAUAUUUAAAAUUUUAUGCAAAGAUUGUCUUAAACAUUACAUGUAAUAAUAUUGUCUUACUGUGAUGUUAGCAGGUAUGGUCCUUUCCUAUAAUAUUACAAUGUAAGAUACCUACUGAGGUAGAAAAAAAAAAUAUGAUGAUUAUAUUCAGCUCACUAAUUGAAGUAAAAUAUAACUAAUAGAGUCAAUAAUAAGGAGUCUAAAUAUGUGUAUUACAUACUUAAAUUGAAUUUUUUUUCAUGGUUUCAAGGGUGUGUUUCUCAGUUUUGAGUUGAAAAAAUAUAUUUAUAACUACAUUAUAUCACUUCAGGUCUUUUAUAGUGAUUUUGAUUAAGAUAAUCACUGUCAGUAAUGUGGUGCUACUUUGAUAGCUGCUUAGAUAUUACUGGUGAAAAUAUGCAAUAUAUAUAUAUAUAUAUAUAUAUAUAUA